AUGGCCGCGCUGGCUGCCCUCGAGUCCUCGGACACCGGCACGCCGCGCGCCCGUCCCUGGCGUAGGAGGCCGGCUGCUCCCGCUGACGGCGGCGUCGUGGGACGCGGCCGUGGCCGCGCGCGGCGGGGUGGCGGCACUCCUGGCCGCCUGCUCCUGCUGGAUGAGGGCACGAUGAUGAUGCGUGUCCUGCCUCUCUGGUGGCCUGCCGGUGGCGGUCAUGCUAUGCCUCAACGCCGGAAGUCGAGGCCAAAGCUGACGCUGGAGAUCUUCGCCUACAUCUUCGUCACUGCGGCGCUAGGUGAUCAGCUUACCAUCUCGAUUGUAGGCGCUACAGAGAAGUCUGAGAGAGAUGAGAUCAUGAAGGGGAUGAAAGAAUCUCGAUUUGUAUUAUUUGCUUUCUGUCUUAUAUCAGGCUCUGCAUGUACAUGCCGGUGA